AUGGGUCAAUCGCAGUCUUCUAAAGUUAGUGGCGAUCAAAAUCAAAAUAUUGAAAUUGAACUUCCGGUUAAAAAGAGACAAUGCACUGACGUUAUAUGCUGUGUAUUAUUUAUUAUUUGUCUUUCCCUCCUCGGUGCUCUUGCUGGAUUCAGCUUUAUAAUGGGUGACUAUCGGAGGAUUAUUUUCCCUAAGGAUUCUCACGGCAAAAUUUGUGGACUUGAUUAUCCAGAUAAAGGGCGUUUAUUCUUUUAUAAUAUGUCCUCUUGCCUUGAUAUGUCAGAUGUCGUUCUUAAGUUUGGUUGCCCCACCGAAAAGGUAAAAUUCACUUAA